GUAGAUUCAGAUAAUCAAAAAUUUACAAAUAGUACUAAAUGUGUUAAAUCACAUUUAAAUCAAUGCGAGCAUUUUAAAAAUACUUAUACUUUAGAAGAACAAAAAGAGAUUUUAAAUCGAGUGAAUUCUAAAAGUUCAGAAGUUGUCAUAGCAACUAAUGCAAGAAGCUCACUUAUAAAACAUAUCUCAAUUUCAAAGAGAAAUAAAUUACGUGCUAUAAUAUCAGCAGGAAUGGCAUUUCAUGCAAGUAAAAAUCCUGAAGUGGAGACGACAGCC